CUAAGGUACCAAAUGCUAAAUCUCUUUCAACUUUUCCAGUAAACAGUAGUUGAUGCAAAAGAAAAUGUUAAAGGUUUCCAAAAUUUGGCUUUAUGCAGCCUCUCACCAGUGACAAUCACCCUGGCGACAAGAGAUAAGGCAAGGUAAAGCUGGGUGAUCCCUGCCUUCCACUACACCAAGACAGUCCUCUUCUCUCUAGUGCCACACCAACUACUCACUUAUAUGGUGCUCCUCAAGAGUCUCCCAGACGGAAAAUUUUCCAAGACGGCAAUAUCCAAGGGAUGAAUUACCGGUAUAUUUGACGAUAACAUCCCCCUACCCCAAAACAAAGAUAGGGGGUUGUUAAAAUUUGUGUGGAAGAAAUCAUCUGCUUCUCUGUUGUUUAAGGUAUAGGGGCUUCAACCGUCAUCUGCCAGGAAAAAUAUACUAAGAAUGGGGAACGGCUGCCGUAAGGGUGAACGUCAUUCCUCUAUCGACAGCAGUAAUGUCAUUCACAUCAAGGAAAUUGUUGGAGAGGUGAUGGAAGAAGGUGAGACAAAUUCAUUGGUAGUACAGUGGGAGAAAAGGCAGAAUGAACUCAACUUACUGGUUAUGGAAAAGAUGCGCGAAGAUUUCCAAAACCGACCCGACAACUUUCUUCUAAACCUGCUUGUUGUGUCAUUACAGUUCUACAAAAACUUUAGCAAAGAGAAAGCAGACAUAAGCAAUCACAUACGUGACCGGGAACUAGCCCUCGACCGCAAGCUGUUACCGUCCAAGAGAAAGAUCAUCUAUCUUGGAGGGUUUGAAGAGAUCUCUGGUACUCAUGUUCUCUUCCAACCCACCAAUGAACUAUACAUGGAGCUCCCCACCCCUCUGCAGAUCUACGUGGUGCAGGACAACGUGGAGGUGUAUCCAGAUGAUCAGUACGAGGAACUACAAAAGAGGAACUAUGCAGAUGUUGAUGGUCCGGCCUAUAGAUUUUGUACCGAGGACUCUCAGAGACACAAAGGUUAUGUGAGACUUCGGUGUGCUGAUAUCAUCCCUGGCAUGUCACGACACAACACAUACGAAGAUAUCUAUGGUUACAUGAAACCCACUGAUGAAUCCCUGCCAGACCCAAUAGUGGACCUGAGACCUCUGCGUCGAAAUUCUGCACCUAUUUCCACUGAUGAUGAUAGAGACUUAAUGUUGAAGAGAUUAGAGUUACUAUAUAACAAGGGAUCCGUUUCCUCAGAAUCUGAAGAUGAUGCUAAUGAGGAGCCAGCAAGUCCACCUCUACAAGGAAUGUCAGCUCGGAGACCAAGUGGAGUUCUACCGGAGCACUAUCCUACUGGCAAGCUUAAGGAUAAAAUACAAAAAAUAAAAUAUGGAUCAGAGGAACAGCUUCAAAAUGGAUAUCCAGGGUCAAGAACAAGACAAUAUUUGCCCAACAAACCAAGGAAUUUAACCGAGAGACGACCAAGUGGUGUCUUCCCAAAGGUGGGUCCAGAAAUGGACCGUUUAAAACUUUCUUCCAAACAAAGACAAGUUAUUAACACUAGUGAGGGACUUGAAGAAGUCAUGAGGAAACUUGCUCGAGUAGAAGAGGGGAGCGAAGAUGAGGAUCAAGAAGAAGAAGAAGAAGAGAGAGAAAAGGAAAACAACAAUACUGUGUUUCAUAAUGACACACUAAAUGAAACCAAUUAUGAAAAAAAUAAGGCAAAUGAAAAGUCAAAAGAAGUUUGUCUUGAAGCAAGUUUGAAUGAAGACUGUUUCUUGACUAGAAGAAUAAAGAUAAAAGACCAGAAUGAUGUUUAUGGAAUUGCAAGCAACAGUGAAAGAAGAACAUAUUUUUCAUCAGAACGUUAUCUCGAGUGCUUUGAGGAUGAAUUUGAAAAUCUUGCAAAAAUUUUAGGCAAAGAACAUUUGGUUGAAACUUGUCAGAUGCAGACUCCUGCUGUUAUUGCAAAUGAGCUAAUGAUUGAACAGAUUGGUCCAAAAUUCAACACUGAAUUUAUCCCUACUAUGAUCCUGAAAGAGUGGCCAGCUUGUGCAUUUGAAUGGAAGAUGCGGGAAAGACGCCCACGCGCUGAUCCAGAAACAAAAAUGGUAUACAAGUGGCCUAAAGAACAACACAUCAUGGAGGCUACUCAAAUGGGCUGCAACCUUGUGCCACUUGGUCACUACAACCCAAAGGGCCCCAGUAAGGUCAUGAAGAUUGAGUGGCAGGUACAGUUUGCUAAAGUCGAACAAAUACUUCUCCGGAGCCUUGGACACACACAGAUACGACUACUGAUACUGGUAGAAUACUUAAUGAGGGAUCACCUUGGUGACAUUCAAGGUCUCAAAAUACAACAUCUACGUUACAUUCUCUUCUGGAUGUGUGAACACAACUUCAAAGACUGGCAAGAAGAGAAGUUGGGAAACAAGUUAAAAGCAUAUUUAAAAACCCUCUAUAACUGUCUCUCCACUGAAAAUCUGCCGCAUUACUUCAUUGACAAGUGCAACAUGAUGGAGACCAUACCAGAACGUUACAUGCGACAGAUACAAGCACGAGUGAGGAAUAUGAAGGACAACCUACCAAUUUACUUGAUGCACACCAUGUGGCGCAUGCGAACAGAAGAGGAUUUCUACCCAAAGCUCGACAUUCUUGAGCUUUACAAGCUUGUCACAAAAACAACUUAUGGCUUAGAACAGCUAAAUCCACAACUAUUACAACUAGUGGGAGGGGAUGAUACGCAGGAACAAAAUAUUUUUGACGAUGGAGAGGAUGUCCUCUUUACUGACUCUGAAGAAGAGGAGGAACACCGUAAAAUGAAGGAGAAAUUACACGCACUACGGAGAGAGCGCAAGAAAGCUGUUACAAAGACUUCACCAGAAGGAUCUAAAAGACGACAUUCAACAAUAAGACUUGAUAAGAAGGUCAAGAGUGUAAAGGAUCUCCGUGCUGGCAAACUCCUUUCCACAUUUGCCGAACAUUUCUUGGCUAUGGCACGUGCUUCAAACAUAUAUCGUGCAUAUCCUCAAGCAUACAUGUACCUUCUGUUAUCUGGUAACAUGGCAACAUUACUAGAAGAAACUGGAAACAGUGAAGAUGCAAAUGGUUACCGUAGACAAAUUGAAGAGCUAAAUGUUGCUUCUCGAGGUGGUGUACAAGAUAUGCUGAGUUCGUCAAGGAUAAAUACAAGCGCAAGUGAUCUUCCAUGUAAUCCUAGUUUCCAAGGCUCAAAUUGGGAGCUCCAUGGUCCAAAAUGGGAAGCCCAGAAAGAACAACCUCUACCUCAUCCACCAUCCAAUGAGCUACCAAUCUUAGGUGUGGACCGCUUAAUACCACUAGCAAAAUUGAAAGCACAGCAAUUUAAUACAAAAUUUGAAGAUGAUACAUCAAUGGUUAACAGAACUCUGCCUACUAAACAUGAUAAUGAUGAUGCCAUUAUUAUCCAACCAAUUGGAAAAGAUCACACUGAAUCUGAGGAUUCCUCCACUAUAAAGAAAAAUGGUGAAAUCAUUGUUUUCUCAGACGAUGAUGAUGAUGAUGAUGAUGGUGAUGACGAGUCUACAGACUUCUAGGCUCAUCAUGCACCAGCAUCACUACAUCUUGUCAUACCAAAAGUAAUAUUGUUGAAGUGCCAUUAUCUAGCUCCCCAUUUUCUGGAUUCUCAGGUUAUCCAACUAUAGAAAUUAGUGGCUCUCCAACCUGAUUGGCCAGAGGAUGUUCGGUUAAUAGGGCUUAACCUGAUUUUUUGGUGGUCUGAGCAGUUACUCCAGAUAAUGACAGUCACACUAUAUACCAAACUAAGUAACUUUCAAAACAUUGGAAUCGAUAAAACUAUGUAUCAAUUGCAUGUACAUCAUUACAUUAAUCAAGGCUGAAUAAAGAUAAAAGUACAUUGUCAAUAGUAAACGUAAUUAUUAUAUUUGUUAAAUCAGAGAUGACUACUAGCAAGUAUUUUAACCCCUGCACUGUGCACCUUUUAAAAAGACAUUCCCGUGGUGUGCCAUAAAUAAAUUGUUCCGAAAACAGUAUUUUUUCCUUGUGGUAUUGUUAAUUAGCACCCAGGAAGUAGGAAACAAUAAGUAAAAAGUCUCUAACUCUUGUAAUUUAGCUGUAGUGGUCUGGAGAUUUUUUUUUUUUUUGUAAAAAUGAGGGAAGUUGCCGCAUUGGGAAUAACUGUCUAUUUCCAAUGUUUCCUCACUUUAUUUAUUUAGUUUUUACACUCUUAACAAGUUGUAUCUAUGUAUCAAAGAUGGUGUUCAUUAUGUACAACUUUGAAAAUAUACUAAAUUUGUAAUAAGAAUUUGAGAAUAAACAAUGGAGAAAAAGCA